GCCAGCCAGCGCCGCCUUUCGAUUGCACCACUCUGUCGUCUUCUUCCGCUCACGGGGUAACCGAAGAGACACGCAGCGGCUCCCCCUCCUCUCUCCCCGUCAUUUUUAUCUUUAUUCAAUUCCAUCUAUCAUACUCACUAGUGCUCGAGUUGAUGAUGUUGGGUAGAGCCCUCGUUCCUCGCCGAGGGCCGACGAUGACCAACGGCCCUCUCAUGCUCGCACAACGCACGCUCAUCAGCGGGAUGGCGAGCAAUCGCAUUCCACGUGGCAUGGCACCGCUCGCCGUGCGGGACAGCGCGGAGGUGGUCGAGCAGCUCGCCGACGCCUACGUGAACAUGGACCUGGCCACCAUGGGCGCUUUUCACAGGAAGGCAAUGGCGGAGAUGCUGCGCGGGAAUGGCGGCACCGCUGCUGCUGUAAACUACGAGGAACAGCUGCUCCAGACGAUGGGAGGAGGGGGUGGUGGUGGUGCUGCUGCUCCGGUUGCCGCUGCAGCGCCUGCCGUGGGCGUGGAGGCAGCGUCGGGUGCGAGUGCUGCCACCUCCUCUAGCAAGAAGGCCGCAGAGAAGAGCGCCUUUGACAUCACACUGAAGAAAUACCCGCCGGAGAACAAGAUCAAGCUGAUUAAGGAGCUGCGUGCUGCGUGCGGGCUCGGCAUUCAGGAGGCGAAGUCGGCGAUUGAGAAGUGCCCCGGUGUCAUUGCGCGACACAUGCAGACGGCAGACGCGGAGAAGCUGAAGGCGACGAUGGUGAAGCUGGGCGCGGAGGUGGAGCUCACCUAG